GACAAGAGUCAUCAGAAUAUCUUUUAGCAUGUAGUUGCUUUAUCCUCGAAAGAAAAAAAAAAAGAAUUAAACAUCUCAAAGCCUCCUCAGAUGAAGAUAUUCAGUGUUGCAGUUGCAGUGGCCAUUGUGUUCACCUUUAUUUGCCUUCAGGAGAGCUCUGCUGUCCCAGUCACUGAGGUGCCAGAGCUGGCAGGAGAUAUAAGCAAUGACGACGCAGCUGCUUCUUAUGAGGAGACAUCAGUAGAAACAUGGAUGAUGCCAUUUGACAUCAGACAGAAGCCUAAAAGCGGCCUCAUAAGGUGCAGCUACUGCUGCGACUGCUGCGCCCUCGGUGUAUGUGGAAUGUGCUGCAAGUCAGGAUUGUUGUAUGAGCGCUGAAAUUCACUUUGUCAUGUUUUUUCACCUAAAUUAAUGAUCUGAUAUCUGUACAUUUGUUGCUGUUGUUACUAUUUGCUUAUAUUAAAGGAGACAUAUUACGCUCA